AACUAUUGUCACAUAAUUUAACAAUGACUUCUAAUUUCUGACGUUGGAUACAUCGCCAAUCAUGGCCAAAUAAUUCGUAGCAAAUCGUGUUAAAAUAUGUAUUAAAAAGUCAAUAAGGUCACACUAUUCUAGGGACUUCUCGCUCUACUUAGCCCCUAGAUAUAGAUGACAAUACCGCCACGUUUACUCUCUAGGUUUCUUCUUCCACUCUAUGAGCUCGUCGCGCACAAUCGCAAACUGUCACAGUAUUAAAAGUGAUCGUGGAUUGCCAAAAUAAACGCGGAUUGCAAAGUGAGGUUAACCCACGGCGUGGUGAAUGCCGGUCGUCAGACAUCGGGAGUGUCCAGAAAUCAAUAAGUAGAACAUGGAAAAAGUGUACGUAAAUACAGGCGUGAAGGUUGAGGGAAGCAGCAAUUGGAGCGUGUGGAAAUUUCAAAUAAAGGUUAUUUUACAAGCCAUGAGGUUAGUUGGUUUGGUCGAAGGAAGUGUGCUGAGGCCGGUGUUAGGCGCGGAAGCAGAAGCCGACUGGAUUUCGAAAGACGGCAAGGCUAAGGGAAUUAUAAUAACACACUCACAAGAAAAAGUCAUAGUUCACGUUGUAACAACAACUUCAGCUCCAGAAAUGUGGAAUAAACACUUAGAACAGCAAAAGUUCUUUUCAUUGAAGUGGUGGAAGUCAGUACCUGCGGAGAGUCAGAGUAUAGCUGAGCUAAUAGCCAGACUACUCGCUGAGGAAGAACGAGUUGCAGACAGGGAUUCGCCAGCAAAAGGAGAGACAUCGGUAGCAUUGGUCAGUGAAAGUUCUCGCAGUAUUGUCAAGUGCUAUGGCUGUGGAACAGAAGGACGCUAUAAACGAGACUGUAAGUUGGUAAAAGGUCAUUGUCAUUAUUGCAAAAAGUACGGGCACCACAUAAGCAAGUGUAGAACUAGAGUACAAAAAUUGAGGCAAAAAGAGAAAAAUGACACUCAGGAUCAGGUGAACAGUGAAAGAAGUAACGCGUAAAUUGCAGAGUAUAAAAAUCAAAGCUGGUUAGUCGAUACAGGUGCUAGUGAGCAUAUGUGCCAUAUAAAGGAAAUGUUCCCCACCUACACUGAAUAAACGAAUUACGAAAAGGUAGUGAUAGGAGAUGGGAGUGAAUUAGACGCGGUUGGCUGCAGAACAGUCAAGUUAAAGGCAUAUGAGGGCCUUGAGUGGGUAAACACCAUGCUAAACAAUGUAUUACAUGUGCCUAGAAUGACAGUAAAUUUGUUCUCUGUUAGAAACGCGGCCGACAAAGGCUACCGGGUAAUAUUUAACAGUGAGCAGUAUAGUAUCGAAAAAGACAUUCGAGUAAUGGCAAUCGAGGAUAGAAGUUGAAAGCUAUAUACCAUGCGUUUUAGUGGUAUUGGGCAAGCAGCAGUGGGGUAUGCCAAGGACAACUUAUUGGUACGGCAUGAACACUUACUGCAUCAGAACUUGAGCUACAUAAAGCAGAUAUUGGACAAACACAAAAUCCCUUAUAAUGUAGACUAACCCAGGUGCAACGGCUGUACGAAGGAGAAAAUGCACAAGGCUCCGUUUAAUAGAAGUAAAACAGUCACGUUAAGCACGUGCGAGCUGGUUCAUAUGGACGUAUGUGGACCCAUGGAGUGUGAAUAGCUUAGAGAUUCGAGGUAUUUCCUACUGAUCAAAGAUGACUAUUCUGGUUUUAGGUAUAUCUAUUGCCUGAAAAAUAAACAUGAAGUGGCGAGGAACGUCAAAAGGUAUCUUAGCCUGGUAGAGCAGGAUAUAGGAAAUGAAGUCAAAUUCGUAUUGUCAGAUAAUGGAAUCGAAUUUGUGAAUGUGGAACUGAAGAGCAUUUUCGAAGAGAGAGAGAUAAGACAUCAGACAUCUGUAGUGUACAUCCCGGAGUAGAAUGGUAAGGUCGAGCGCGACAACCGAACCAUCAUGGACGCUGCUAGCUUGAUGCUAAUGGCAAAAGGCCUGAGUAAGAGUUUGUGGGUCGAGGCAGUGUAUGUAGCAGUAUACGUACUAAACAGGAGGAAAAAAGUACAGUACCCGACAAAUUUCCUCUCGAAGCAUGGUUUGAGCAAAGUUAUGAUUUGAAUAAUCUCAUGAUUUUUGAUUUGAAGGUAGAUGCCUUCGUCCCAGCACAACGGCGACAGAAAUGGAACUCAAAAAGUACAAGUGGAUUGUUCGUCGGUUGUGGAGAAGAUACAAAGGGGUACCGAGUGUACUUCCCACAGACAGGAAUAGUUGGAGUCAGGAGAGAUGUUUCGUUUGAGUCUGACCAUAAACAAGUCAACCAAGAGGUAGUAUUACUUGACUAUGUUAAUGACGAAGUACCUGGAGAAUCAGAAACGCAGCGAGCCAAGACGAAGACGAGCAGUUAGAUUGUCAAUCGGGCAGCAGCAUCUUCGAGGAGUGUGACAAAGAGUUGAGUGAAACAAGUGAAUCAGGAGAAGCAAUGGUAGAUUUGAACGCCACAAUAGUUCGUGAAUUUGGUAAGCGUAGUAUUGUAAAGCCCAAAAGAUAUACUGAUUAUGAGACAGGUUUUGUCAGUAUACUAAACGAACCUAAGCCCUACGAGGUAGCCAUCGAAAGUCCUCAUGUGGAAAAAUGGAAAGACGCUAUGAAUAGCGAACUAAGUGUAUUGCGAGAAAACAAUACACGGACCAUAGUACCUACACCAAAAAAUAAAAAGAUGAUAAAUAGUGAGUGGAUAUAUAAAAUUAAGCAGGAUAAUGAAGGGAACCCAUCCCAAUUUAAAGCAAGGUUAGUAGCAAGAGGCUUCCACCAAAGGCAACUGAGGUAUAUGAUAUAUAUACACCAGUGGUGAAAAUAAUCACUUUUAGAAUUGUACUAGCCAUAGCAAACAGAUUAGCAUUACCAGUACAUCAGCUAGACGUAAGAAGUGCUUUCCUGUACGGAAAUAUAAAUGAGGAAAUAUGUAUAAAGUUACCAAAGAAUGUAAAGAUCGAACAAAACACUGUGGGAAAAUUGAAUAAGUCAAUAUAUCACUUGAAAAAGUCGCCGAAGUAUUGGAACUAAAAGUUCGAUGAGGUUAUAACAAAAAAAGGUUUUGUCCGUUCACAAAAUGAUUUCUGUUUGUAUACGAAGUGCAAUAUGGCUAGCAAAGUAUAUCUGUUAUUGUUCGUUGAUGAUAUAUUAAUCUCUGAUACGAAUGAGGACGAAGUAUGUAAUCUGAAAAAUUAUCUGGGAAAUGUUUUCCAAAUGAAAAACUUGGGCUUGUUAUCCAAUUACUUAGGUAUACGCGUAACGCAAAACUUGAAGGAGGGAAUUACUGAAAUGAAUCAAGCGGUAUAUUUGAGUCAAAUCUAAACAAGUUUGGUAUGAGCGAGUCUAAGCCCAUGUCGACGCCUAUAGAGAACAAGUUUCAGUAUGUCAAACCAGAAGUGAGCGAUAGAGAAUUAGAGUCAAAGUGUCGACAGAUAAUAGACUGUCUCAUAUAUGCAGACCUUGGAACUAGACCAGAUUUAUGUUUAAGCAUAUCAUAUCUAAGCCGAUACUAGAAUUACGCAAAUCAGGAGCUAUACACCGCAUUGAAACGUGUGUUGAGAUACAUUAAAAAUAUUUUACACUUGAAGCUAAUAUUAAAAAAAAAUAUAAAUGCUGGAACUCUAUGUAGGUAUGUAGAUUCUGAUUGGGACAGUGACACGAAUGAUCGAAAGUCAACGUCAGGAUUUGUAUUCAAGCUAAAUUCGACUGUGCAGUAGCAUGGUUGUCGAGAAAACAGCAAACCGUUAGUUUAUCCUCCACAGAGGCUGAAUGUAUUGUUUUGAGUUCAGCAGUAGUAGAAGCUAGUUGGCUACUAAAAUUACUUGAAGAUUUUAAAAUAACUGGCAAAGACCCAAUAAUCAUUCAGGUGGAUAACUAGGCAGCCAUAAACCUAGGAAAUAAUCCAGAAAACAAAAGGGUCGAACACGUGGACAUUAAAUUCAACUACAUAAAACAAAAAAUUAAAGAAGAUUUGAUAACUCUAAAGUAUAUCAAAUCAGAAGACCAAACAGCUGAUCUGUUUACCAAACCUGUAGUCAGAGAGAAAUUUGUUAAUUUUGACAAAAAUUUUAAUUUAAACUGAACAGCAGACCAAAAGUUUCUUGCUUGCUCCAAAACCAGGGAGCAAUGACUAGAAUAGUUAGUUUUACGAAACAUGGAUAUUUUUUUGUUGAAUGAUUAUACUAGUGAAUAAGAAACAAGCCUAGAAGAGAAGGAAGACUAUUGAGGGAAGGUGUGAAAAUAUGUAUCGAAAAGGUUACAAAGUCACUAGUCUAGGGACUACCCUGUGACGUCGGUACGGUACCUGGUGAAAAUUUCCAAAUGUUAGAGACUAGAUUCGUUCACACAACUACAGCUAGACUCACAUCAGUAGUUUGGGUUACCAAUUACCGAUAAAGUAUUGAAAUACAUCGGACAACGGUCAUUCUAUCGCUCUAAUCGAACGAACCGAGGAAAGAGUAAUUGUUGGAUGAAAGAUUUAGUUAUUUGGCUUACCUUUUGAGAAUAAUCUGGAUAUGAUGACUUGCAGCGUAGAUUGGUGGGAGGAUUUAACGGAAUGACUGAUUUUAAUAUAUUUGCAUACUUUGAUUAA